AUGAAUUGGACCAACUGCACAAGAGUCACUGCAUUUAUCCUUGUGGGAUUGCCAAGAGUUAGGGGAAUGGAAGGUGUGAUGCAUGCCGGUAUCUUUGUGCUCUACCUCCUGUGUCUCAUGGGCAAUGGACUCAUCAUUGUAAUGGUAAUUGUGGACCACCGUCUCCAGAAGCCCAUGUAUUUCUUCCUUAGCAACCUUUCACUCAUUGACAUUGGACACACCACCGUCUUUGUUCCUAAAUUGCUGGUCAAUUAUCUGUCUGUAAAGAAUUCCAUUUGUUUAUCCUGCUGUUUAUCACAGUCUUUUUUUUAUUUCCUUUUUGGUGUUACAGAAUUUUUUAUCAUCACUUUGAUAUCCUUGGACAGAUACAUAGCCAUUUGCCACCCUUUGAGAUAUGCCACUAUCAUGACAUCUGGGGUCUGCCUUAAACUAGCAAUAGCAUCCUGGUUUGGAGGCUUUUUCUCCAUUCUUUAUCAGAUAAUAAUUGUUGCUCACCUACCCUUCUGCACCUCCAAUGUUAUCAAUCAUUUCUAUUGUGAUGUGGGACCUUUGUUGAAGACUGCAGGAGGAGAUAUAUAUGUCGUGGAAGCCCUUGGCUUCCUAAUUACGGUCCUUGUGGUUAUGUCCUCCAUGCUUUUCACCCUCAUCUCUUAUCUCUUCAUCAUUUCCACCAUUCUCCGAAUGCCUUCAACCACCAGGCAGCAGAGGGCCUUUUCUACGUGUGCUUCUCAUCUGAUUGUAGUCACCAUUUUGUACAGCUCAGUCUUUUUUGUCUAUCUAAGACCUACUUUCAAGAGCUCUUCCUUCAGUAAGAUGAAGUCUGUUUCUUUGGUGAGUGCUAUAGUUGUUCCAGUGCUCAAUCCUUUCAUUUACACGAUUAGGAACCAUGAAGUGAAAGAAGCAGUGUGGAAAGCAUUAAGAAGAAAGACUCCAGGUUUCCCCAAAAUCUAA